AUGGGCAAUGCCUUUUCUUUUGUCGGCCACAAAAGAGGCGAAGGUGGAGUGAAAAGAAAACAAGAAGCUCUUACCAUUGAGAGCGAUACUGACUUGAAUCUUCCGAAAAGGCGAAAACUAAAAUCUACGACAAAGCAUAUCUACGAUACUUUAUUUCUGAAUGGGGAAGGCAGUGAUAUUACUAUUCGAGCACUUGGUCGUGAUUGGCACCUUCACAAAGUUUAUAUCAGUCAGUCUGAAUAUUUCUCAUGUAUGUUCAAUGGAUCAUGGCGUGAAUCCACUGAAGCCAUCAUAGAAAUUGAUAUUCCUGAUCCAAAUAUUGAUAUUGAAGCUCUUAAUAUCACUUUUGGCUCUUUGUACAAUGAAAAUUUUUGGACAUAUAAAAAAGUCGAAGAAUUAAUUCAACAAUGUGGAUCUGUCAUGAAGGAUACUAUCAGUUCCAGUACUGUCUGCAAGUAUUAUACGGGGGCUGUGAUGUAUGGAGUGGAUGAUGUUAAGCUGGAGUGUGUCCAAUGGCUUCACAGAAAUCUCCUCUCUUUGCGUGAUGUAAAUCUUCUCAAAGAGAUUAGCUGUGAACUAAUGGAAGAAAUAGUGGGUUCACCAGACCUGUAUGUGCUGCAAGUUGAGCUUGAUGUAUAUACACUUGUAAAAAAGUGGCUAUACUUACAAUUGUUUCCUUCAUAUUCUGGUGAUAUGACAAGUCUAGCAGAGAAAAUGAAUUAUUUUGAAGAAUUAGCCACAGAUGAUAAAAGCUUUUACUACUUGAAGACUAGUGAAGGCAGCAAAUAUAUCCGCGUUUUUUCCAAAGUGCGUUUUCAUCACAUUGUUAAUGAUAUGCAAUCUGUCAGAAGUCUGAAUGCAGAUCAUAUCAUUCCUCCCGAGUGGUUGCAGCCAUAUUUUUCUUACCAAUGGAACAAAAUGCUGGCUGUUGACCAAGGACUUGAUAAAGGGCCUGAUGAUCUCUCUGAAGAAGAGUUUAAUAAAUCUGCUAUUCGGUGUGGAAGAAUCUUACAGAAAAAUGGAAAAUAUUGUUGGCGAUGGACUGGUUACAGUUAUGGAUUUGAUCUAUUAAUAAUCCUUACAAGAAGAGGUUUUUCUUUCAAACGAAAUACACACAGUCAACCAUACAUAGGCUCCAUCAGUCUUCAACCUGUUCGCAAGAUCUUUUAUAAGUUAACUGUCACAUCUUUGGAUAAAAAUGGAAUGAUAAAGUACACCAAAUCUACUGGUAUGAAGAGUCUUCGCUUCUUUCCAGAUGAGGAUGUGUCUGUUCUAACUCUGGAUGAAGCUGCCACCUUUCCACUCCAUGUUUGCUUUAAUAUUGUCUAUGUAAGUCCAUGUGAUUCAGUCCCAGUACCAACACUACCCAUUCCAGUUCAUGAUUCCAGUCAAACUGAGAACAGUGAACAACAGACAACAUUCCAAAAGUCUAGAGCAUCAAGUUCUCACUGUGAACCUCCACUGAGACCAGAAUCAUUGCUGAGCAAUUCCACUGUUUAA